AUGCGACCGGAUGGCCCUCGUGAUCCUGUAACCGGGCCUGAUGGAGGCCCGGAGCCUCCCUAUCCCAUCCGCCUGGCCGGCCUGGUGAUCAAGGGCUUUGGGCGGGGCAGCAAAGAGUUGGGUAUCCCCACCGCCAACAUUCCGGCCGAGGGCCUCGCUGCAUAUCCGGACCUGCAGGUGGGCGUUUACUACGGGGUGGUCGCCUUGGAUCCGGCCCGAUUCGCCUUCGAGGAUGCCUCGUCGCCGAUCCGACCGGCCGUGUUGAGCAUUGGGUACAAUCCUUUUUAUAAAAACCAGACACGGUCGAUUGAAAUUCAUAUCAUGCCAUCUCUCUCGGCGCCGUCCCCCACCGCGGGCGGCGGUCCCACGAAAUUCCACAAGCUCCCGGACUUCUAUGGUACAGACCUGCGCCUAUUGAUCUUGGGGUACAUCCGACCAGAGUACGAUUAUGUAUCACUUGAGGCAUUGGUGGAGGAUAUUCGCCUGGACUGUGAGGUGGCGCGGCGGAGUCUGCAGCGGCCAGCAUAUGCGUGCUAUCUGGCCGGGGAAGAAUGCGCGGAGGACGUAAGAGAGGCGCGCCAGUGGCUGACCCGAUUCAACCCUAAUCCAAUAUUGCUCUCCCCCAUGGAACGCCUCCGCCAGCAUUUUCGACGACGUCGAAGUAGUUCUUCUGGCACAACUCCUCUCCAAUCAACCCCCGGUGUCGACCUUCGUCGCAAAGAUUCAGACACUGGUGCGCCCCGUCGGCUGUAUCUGACCUCCGAUACCCUCGAAUUCGACGCCGGCAUCAUAGCCCGACUCCGUGCAGAGGGUUUCGAUGUUGAAUAUUUGCCCUUCCCUGGGAGAUAUCACACAGACCGCGAGCGAGAUCGAAAAGACCUCGAGUAUCUCCUGCACGAACGGGAGGAUGAUCUUGAGCCCGGAGAACGAUAUGCCGUGGUCGCCUACAACAAACCGGCCUCACUGCUUCUCGAGUCUCACCAUCAACCAGCAACAUCCACCAACCCCUUCCCCCGACUUUGCGCUCUGGUGGCCUACUACCCCCAUGACUUCGACAACUGCCUCGACCAUCUGUCCAUCAACGCAAACGGCAGUCCCAUUAGCAAAGUUCUUACUGCUCCUACAAAUGCCAACACGACGACCUCUUCCUCCACUGCGCCAACGACCUACCCUCCAUCGGUGACCCUUCUUCCCAUCCAGAUUCAUCUCGCCGGAGACCGCUGCUCAGCCGGCCCCGAGCCCUCCGCACCCACCCAUACCCGCAAGCGUCACCGCUGUCACUCCUUCUUCUACCCAGAAUCCAACGCAGGGUUUGCGGAGCCCUCCUCACCAAACUACGACGGCAUCGCCGCGCGAUUAGCCUGGUCGCGAGCCCUCGAGGCCCUGAAGCGCGGGUUCGGCUGGCCCGGGAACGGCGGGGGAUGGAAGGUCCCGGAUGUAGAGACCGUCUGGGAAGAAUACUGGCGGUGUCUGGCGGCGUCGUCGGAGACUUGCACCAUGGCCGGUCAGCAACAAGACUCGUCUACUGCGGUGACAGAUGAGCGAGAGCGCUUGGCGGCCCAAAUUGUCGGGCUGAUGAUAGGGAGCAGUAGUGGUGUUCAGUUGAACGCAUCGGGGCCCAGUGAUGACGACCAUACCUCUCUGGGAACUCCACUGGUGAAUUGUGUGCCGACUAUGAUGGGAGGCAGCACCCCCAAAUCCCUCACCCAAUUCUUCACCACCCAAUUCCUGCCGACGGGUCCUCCUGAUCAACGGAUUCGCCUCCUCUCACGCACUACCGGCGCGGAUCGCAUCGUCGAUGAGCUGCACUUUUCGUUCACCCAUAGCGAAGAGAUUCCGUGGUUGUUGCCCUCGGUUCCACCGACGGGUCGGCCCGUGCGCAUCGCCCUCGUCAUGACGGCGAGUUUCUGCGCGGGGAAAGUCGCCCGUCUUAAUAUCUAUUGGGAUCAAGCGAGCGUCUUACUGCAGAUCGGCUUGUUGGAUCCGGCGCGGUUGCCGGUGGUUGGGGCAGAAGCGGUGGAGAGGAUUACUGUCUAA